AUGGAGAAGAUGGAUGCAACAUCAAAGAAGGAGGUUGAGGCCUUAGGCGACGUUCCUCCUCCUCGUUUUACUCCCAAGAGUUGCUGCAUACCUGCAGCUGCCCAGUUUGUUCUAGUGGCUGUUCUGGGUUCUUUUCAGUUCGGCUAUAGCUUUUCUUCUUUAAAUACAUCUAAGGCGAUCAUUAUUGUUGAUUUUGAUUGGUGUAAGAAAGACCCUAAUCAUAUGGUGGAUUGUAGCGAUGGCGUUUUGUAUGGCUCUCUUAUUACAACUGCAGUAUUUAUAGGUCUGACGUUCGGUUGUUUAUUGGCUGGGCCAGUAACAAACUUCGGUCGUCGGGUAUCCCUACUCCUGACGAACCUGUUGUUUCUCGUUUCAAGUGCAUUGGCAGCAGCAGCAGAUGGCGUUGCUUCACUUUUUCUAGCUCGUCUUUAUCAAGGAAUGGCUGUAGGGCUUGCUACUGUCUGUGUGCCGAUGUAUAUCUCGGAGUUCUCCCCCGAUACAUCUCGUGGUUUCUAUGGAACUCUUCAUCAGCUUUUGAUUACAAUAGGUAUUCUCGUUGCUACUUUAUUGGGCCUUGCAUUCGGCUCUCCUCCAACGGAUACAGACUUUUCUUACGAAGUUACAACCUUCCAACAGUGUUGGUGGCGUUUUAUGCUGGCUUUCCCUGCGGGUGUGUCGAUUAUUGCAAUUCUUCUUCUUUGGUUGGUCUAUCCAACAGAAAGUCCUCACUUCUUGAUGCAUCAGGGACGGAAGAAUACGGCGACAGCUCUUCUGAAGGAGCUCUUAGGGAAAGAAGAUGUUUCUAGCGAAGUUCAAACAAUUGAAGUGGCUAUCUGCCAGCAGAAAGUACUGGAGGCGGAGAGUUUGUCGCUUAGGAAAGCUAUGACCUACCCAGCAUACCGGCAUGUGCUUCUGCUGGCGUUCUUUUUGUCUGCUUUCCAGCAGUUUACAGGCAUCAAUAUCCUCGUUGCUAACAGCAACAAGCUGUACACCUCAUUGAAUAUCGAUGCUUCGCUGGUCACGGCGUUGACUGUAGUUACAGGGCUUGUGAAUGUGCUGAUGACGGUGCCGGCCAUCUUCUUGAUGGAUAGAUUAGGGAGAAGAACUCUGCUUCUUGCAGGCUGCUUCGGCCAAGCUGCAUCGACAAUUGUCGCCCUCAUUGCCAAUCUGGUUGAUAGAAAUAACAGCGGAGUGCAGUGGCUGACAGUUGCAUGCAUUUAUUUGUUUGUUAUCUCCUUCGCGGUCGGGUAUGGUCCAGUUCUUUGGGUAUAUCUGCACGAGAUCUUCCCUCCUGAGAUCAAGCAGACUGGUGCUUCUUUGGCUUCUGCAAUUAAUGCAAUUGCCACGAUUAUUGUUGUAUUGCCAUCAGAUUUCGUCUUAACUUCUGAUAUGCGUGUGAUGUUGGGUAUAUGCGGCGGCACUUCGCUGGUGGCUUUCAUUGUCGCUAUGAUAUUUAUGAAGGAAACCGCCGGUCUUUCUAUUGAUGAAUCACCAUACUUCAAGGGAAAACGCAGAGUAAUGAGCAAAUAUUUCGACGUUACGGGUCUUAACAACCCAGGACAGCAGGUCCCUUCACUUGCGUCGGGACAUUUCUCUGUUACUCAGCUUGCACAUGCUGGCUCUGGCCAUGCAAAAGAACUUUCCGCUUGA